GACAAGACUAUAAUCUGAACUAGUGAUAGUAUUUUAAAACAAGGACGUAUAGCCAAAAUCUGAUACAGAAACAGAAAUUUAGGAAAACACAAUUCUUAUAAAUAUCUUAAAAAUGAAUAUUUCGGCAACGAAUAACUCAGAACAGAAAAUGACAACCGUUCAAACAGCAUUUUGGAAUAAUUCUGAUGUUAACUUUGAUACAUUGAACGAGAACCAAACAAAUCUUAACCGCCAGUAUUAUUACUACAACUACGGAAGUGGGGAACCCUUCAAUAUAUUUGACUUACUUCCGGUAACGUACCGCAACGCACGGAUUUUCCUGUAUAAUUACCUUGUGAUUAUAAUUUGGAUCGUCUCAAUCCUGGGCAACACACUGGUCAUUUUGGUCCUUUCGAAGAAAAGGAAUCGCAGGUUUUCUACAUCGAUUUAUCUGAAGGGACUAGCACUCGCAGAUUUGAGUGUGAACACUUCGAACACAUUCAUUCUAUACUUUUUAGCACAUGGAUAUAUUAACCCACCGGCAUCCGACAAUGAAUGCAGAUACCGAAAUGUGUUUCAAUUCUCAAUUGCAUUCAUCUCUACUUGGAUGCUCGUUGUCAUUUCUAUUGAAAGGGUAAUGAGCGUCUGGAUGCCAUUCAAAGUCAAGCGCCUCUGUACAGCGAAUAUAGCCCAUGUCAUCAUCAUCGCUAUAUGGAUAUUGUUCCUUGGACUUGGCUUUUUGCAUGAGAGUGUUAUGGUGUAUUUUCAACUUGGUUGCACGAUUACACCUGAAUAUAGUGAACUCUAUCACAAUUAUCUCACAUGGGUUCUGAUAUCAAUAAAAUAUAUAAUACCAUACGCCAUUAUCUUCACGAGUAGCAUAAUCAUUAUUGCAACACUCCUGAACAGAAAAAUUAGAAAACACAGCAGUGAGAAAAGAAACAGAGACGGGUCUGUGAACAUCGCAUUGCUAAGCGUCAACAUAGUGUUCCUACUCACUAACUCUCCCUACAUUUUCUUUUAUCUAUUUGCAGAAUAUACUUCUUUUGAUGAUGAAAACAUACUAUUAAGCUACGCCUAUUAUUUUUUCUGGAAAAUUUACCUACAGGUUGUGAAUGAUUGCAACAGCGCUGUCAAUGUAUUCGUUUACUUUCUCGUUGGUUCGAGAUUUCGUGCCGAUGUGAAAGAAUUAAUAUUCGGAUGCUUUCGGAAAGAUCGGGCAAGUUUAAUGGCUGGAAAUCGUAAAGAUAUAAGAAGACGAGACACUACUCUUUCGACAACUGAAUCAACUGUAAAAGGUGAUAACAUUACAUCAUCAAAAGCAAAAGUGUUUCGUCAUCAGGACUCACAAUUCGCCAUGUAGGUCCCUAAAUAUUGAACACCAUUGGAAAAUCAACCGUAUACAUGUGAUUUUACGAGGCCGUAGAAAUGAGAUUACAUUGCCAUGUAUAAACUGUUUCUAAUCCGAGUCAUUGCAAGAGUUUUCGUACAUCAUCAGAGAAAACGUUAGUCCAGUUUAUCAAAAUUAUUGAUCGCUAACAUCGCCAUCUCGAUACAGAACAAAUGUUUUUCACUAGUGUGUAUGUAGAAACAACAACAAUUAUAUCCCUCUUUCCUGAUAAAGAACCAAAACGUAAUAUCAUAUGAACUGGAAAAUAAGAUGACGUAAUUGCUCGAAAUAUGGCGUAUGUAUGUAACGUACUCUUUCCAUGGGCCAAUUUGUUUCACUCAACCCGGAACAUGCCGCUCACGUGAGCGGCAAGAAAACAUUCUAACCGGUUCAUUGAUAAAUGCAUUUUUUUUAUGAUUUUCUAUUGCGGUCUGCUCCAAAUAAGUUAGCAAAAUAUUUCUUGCGGUAUGUUUCUACCUUUACUAGUAUCCAAUGUUAAUAAAAUCUGGAAAGUAGAUCCCCCGGAAGCACCGAAAACAAAGCAAACAGUAAAAAUUGCAGACUCGGUUUGAUUGAGUCUGUUCAUGAGCAGUAAUGGAAAAUGCAACACUGCCCACGCCCCCUAGCACCGGCUUAAGCAGUAUUCAAUCUUCAAAUCUAAAUGAGUUGAAAUCAAUGAUCCCGAAGGACCAGGAAAUAUAACAACACUGAGAUGAAGUCGGGGCGACUUUUUACGGCCGCCACACAGCACUUAACACCCGCUGUUGUGAAGUAAAUAAAAUCUGGAAAGUAGAUCCCUCGGAAGCACCGGAAACAAAGCAAACAGUAAAAAUUGCAGACUCGGUUUGAUUGAGUCUGUUCAUGAGCAGUAAUGGAAAAUGCAACACUGCCCACGCCCCCUAGCACCGGCUUAAGCAGUAUUCAAUCUUCAAAUCUAAAUGAGUUGAAAUCAAUGAUCCCGAAGGACCAGAAAAUAUAACAACACUGAGAUGAAGUCGGGGCGACUUUUUACGGCCGCCACACAGCACUUAACACCCGCUGUUGUGAAGUAAAUAAAAUCUGGAAAGUAGAUCCCUCGGAAGCACCGAAAACAAAGCAAACAGUAAAAAUUGCAGACUCGGUUUGAUUGAGUCUGUUCAUGAGCAGUAAUGGAAAAUGCAACACUGCCCACGCCCCCUAGCACCGGCUUAAGCAGUAUUCAAUCUUAAAAUCUAAAUGAGUUGAAAUCAAUGAUCCCGAAGGACCAGAAAAUAUAUAACAACACUGAGAUGAAGUCGGGGCGACUUUUUCGGCCGCCACACAGCACUUAACACCCGCUGUUGUGAAGUAAAUAAAAUCUGGAAAGUAGAUCCCUCGGAAGCACCGAAAACAAAGCAAACAGUAAAAAUUGCAGACUCGGUUUUAUUGAGUCUGUUCAUGAGCAGUAAUGGAAAAUGCAACACUGCCCACGCCCCCUAGCACCGGCUUAAGCAGUAUUCAAUCUUCAAAUCUAAAUGAGUUGAAAUCAAUGAUCCCGAAGGACCAGAAAAUAUAACAACACUGAGAUUAAGUCGGUUAACCCGAUUUUAUAUCGCGAAAAUAUAUAAUUUGCUGCUUUGCCUAUCUCGCAAGACCGGCGCACAUCGGCGUACGCCGGAUAGACUUGGGCAGCGCCGAGAACAAAAACGAACUCCUAGUGAAACGAAUUAAACCAAUGAGAAGUGUUAAAUCCUUCAUUUUUACGCAUUUUGUCAGUGAUGUGAUUUUACCAUAAAUAGUACUAGAUUAUUACCAACAUAAACUUUAUGACUGAUUUCAACAAAAUUUGAAAAUAUGAUUGUGGGAAUGGAUUUAAAGAGUCAGUCACACUACACCGUGUAGCGUUAACGGACGCCCAACGUAUAGAAAAAUUGUGGCAGAAAGUUAUCCGGUUACGAAAGGCAUCCCCCGCUGCUGCGUGGUGCUCUCACGAUCCUUGUAUGGGGCGCAUAAAACGGACAGAACGCACAGUGACCGCAAGAACAACGCACAUUUACAGGAAGAAAAACGUUUAAUUCACAUACAUCGCAGUACUCGUAACGGACUUGUACCGCGUAAAACGUAAGCGCAACGUAUCAGAGACUGACAAAACGUUUUUCGAACGUUUGACGAAAGUUUGGUCAGAAAUCUUCCGUUGAAUAUACGUUACAUGUCCUAUCAUAGUCCGGCCGUAAAUCAGGUCCACCGGACAGGAACGGAUGCGAACCGGACAAGUACAGAAUAAGGAACGCACGAGUAACGAACAAAACGCAUACCAGGGCAUUGCAACCGUACAUCUAACAUACAACUUUGUCCUUCCGCUGGUUGGAACGAAUAUCGCCGGACAAAGAGCGCAGGGGCCGCAUGAGAAACGGAAAAGAAACGCCUGCGAACGGACACGACUGUAUUGAAAAUUUUGUUAUACGUUGGUCGUCCGUAAACGCUAUAUACGGUGUAGUCUGACUGACCCUUUAUCAGCUUUAGGAAGGUUGCUGAAUUAACUUCUUAGGGAAGUUCAUUUCGUUUUAAUUUUAUUAACAGAAUAUGUAGUUUCAGUACCGAUUUUAUUGUCAUUCCAUUCUUAUCAUUUAUUCAGUACGUUCAAGAAUUUCAUAUUACAGUAUCAUAAUUACACAUAAUUUUACUAUUUGAUAUAUUCUGUUUAUGUAAACAUGGAUCAUUCUAUUCUAUGAUCUAAAUCAGGAGAAUAACAAUUAAAUCAUGAGGAAGUCAUAUAUAUGUUUUACACAAUGGACGGGAAUUUUUGAUGAGUUCACCUGUUGUGGCAAAACUCUGGCAACAUACAUAUUGAGAAUGAAUGCGUAAUUACAGUAUAGUGAUAUGCCUUAAUCAGUUAUUUUUAUUUUAUGUAUUCUAUGACGUAAUUUCUUUGCAGAGUUUUUAGAGUUUGUGAGCAACAGAAAGGAACAGUCUGACUACAGUUUGGACUAGAUUCCUAAUUGUUCUUCUGUCAAACAAGGUAAUUCUGGUUAUUUGUAAAGUUUCGACUUUAGAAUGGUUCUCUGUUUUAAAGUAUUUAUUGAGCGUGUGUUCAAGUAUAUGACCUCCUUUUUCUGCACUUAUGAAAUAUUGCAUGUUUCAAGCGGUUUUAAAGGCAAUUUUAACGUCUUGUACUUAACGUACUAGAAAUAUGCUCAUAACACGCGAUUGGAACAAAUAAAAAGCACGAUUAGUUUAUUUUAUGUUUAUAAUUUCUUUCAUUGUUUCAGAUUAUAGUGUAUAACUGUUGUGUAUUUUUGUUGUUGUUUCGUUUUUAAAUUUUCAGUGUUUUAAAAUCAUCCAUACCGUCUUCUAACAGUGGCUAGUGUUGCUUCCUGCUGGCUAAGUUGUGGCGUGAUAUGUCACAGUGCAAUCAAAUGUGACAAAUCAUUUGGUUAUUUUGAAUUCCGAAAUGCUACGUCAUUGAAGUCAACGCAGUUUUUAAGGGAAUGAAACACUUUCUUACACAUUAUCUUUUUUUCUUCUGUAUUUACUAUGUACGGUUUGUGACAAAUUUGUUUUGCUAUAUUUUUUUAUAUGUUCAAGAUCAUUUGUUUAUUUGAUGUCUGUGGCAAGAAAAAAUGUUUUACUCUGACAUUUGAAAAGAAAAAAUAAAAAUCUAUAUAUGACCAGUCUUGUAAUAUUUCAUUACUACUUUAAAAAGAUUUUCACGUUACAGUUACUGCCUAAAUUAAAUAUAAUAAAAGACUCUUUGGCUGCACUUCAAACGCAGCCUCGGCAAGAGCCACAUAACGCAAAAUAGGCAAAUCAUUUUUCUAUAGAUUUACACGUAUUUCAAACUUUUAUAAACAGUUAUGUUUCAGAGAAUUGUAAUAUGGAUUUACCAAAAUACUGUAAGCAUAUUGUUACAGAGUAACAUGUCUGUCAAUAGAACGCAAUUUUUCCAAAAAGAAAGGUUCUCGUUAAAGACAUACGCACAAGAAAUGAUAAGCACAAGAAGUCUAUGGAAAAUCGUUUUUCCUCAGCUUUAAUUUGGCAUGUAACUAUAGACUAGCAUAUUAUGUAUUUGUUUUGUUAUCUAAAAUGAAGCAUAGUUUUUAAUGUUAUUAUUAGAAACGUUGUCGUGUUUUUGAAAUUGUACAUGUAGGUGUAUUUCUAGUUGUUAUUUUUCGUUUAAUGUUAAAUAGUUGUUUGUUACUGCAAAAAUAUAUUUAAGGAAGUUGUUUAUCGUAUCACUACGCAAAGUUUUAAAGCGUUUGAAGUGUGAAAUUUUUAGAACUUACGUAAAUCUUUCAGUUGCUAAGUAAUUGUGUGUACAUGUAAAUGCCACUUUGAGUAAAACGCAUCCUGGUACAUGACUCUCAAAGUUUCUAUAGAAACAAAUAUGACAUUAUUGGCAUAAUUCUCAUAUCCUUAAAAGUUUUAAUAGCUGAUAAAAUUAUUGAUUUCUAUUUUUAGUCUGAAAGUUUGAACGCUUAAUAUUUUCUUGGGAAAGGCUAAAACAAUGACAUUAAUGUAUUAAUCAUUUUUUAUUUAAUAAAAUUACAGUUCGUUGAAAACGUACAUUUUCAUAAUAAUAAACCAAUAAUUAAAAGAUAAUAGGUAAGGGUAGAUUUUUCGGAAGCACGGAGCACUAAAACACAGCAUCAGAGGCACCCAUUUCCAAAGUAGGCCCACAAUAAAAAGAAGCUGUAACGGACAAAUAUUACAGACGGGUUGCUUCAAACAUCUAACAAGUACACAUAAUUUAUGCCAAAUUUAGCGGGGGAGGAAGUGGU